GGUAGUCGACAAAAGUCACUUGUGCAACCUUCCCCUCAAUGACGUUGAUUUCUCUCCGCAGCGGUGGUGGCCAGUUCCUUCUUCCCCCCUUCUUUUCCACACAUCCCAGAACAUACGAAGAAGUUCUUUGACUACUGUCUACUCUCUGGUUUGGUCUGACAAAGGAAGCAUAAAGCCACCGCCACACAAGAGACGUCAUUCCACACAAGAGCUGUGUGGUGUUAUCUUUGCAUAAAUUGUACUCCUUCCCCUCUUCUCUGAACCAUUUAAACGCUCUCCAACUCCCAGACAACUCCACAAUCAAGCAAGAUACUCUCUUACAAGAUUACUUCAAACCCUACACAGUCAAGUGAAUCUAAUACCAACUGUCAAAACCUCAUCAAACAAUCACCCAAGGAAAAGAACAAUGUCAUUCAACGAAUCUCAAGUCAACCCCGACGUCAUCCAGCUGCCCACAGAUACCACCACAGACCAUCCCAGCGCCAUUGCGUCUUCUUCCUCUGCCGGCGCUGAUAUUGGCGCCGCACCCGUGGGGCCCAGCACCUCUCAAAAGCCGUGGAAGCCGCCCGUGGUGCGCCAGCAGAGCUGGAGCAACGAGGACCAGAAGCAUGAGUUGCAGAAUCGGUUGCUGGGUUUGGAGGACGAGGAGGGCCAGAGACCCGGGUUCUCGGAGGCGCCGGCGGGGUUGAAAUCCAUCCCACCCACUGUAACCUGUGGACUUCGCAUCAGCGGCCAAGCCAUGGAUCGUCACCGGAAGCGGGAACUCCGCACUCUCAACGAGAAAGCCUGGGCUGGCGAGACUGACAUCUUCCCCGUCAGCAAAUCCCUCGAUUCUGCCCUCAAGAAAAACACCGCCUUCAUCAAGCGCCUCCGCACGGGCAUCAACGCCUCCGCCCAGCAGACCUUCCUCGCCGACAUCCGCACCCUGUCGCUGCACAAGUACCUGUCGGAAAUCAUCUCGGCCUGCUACGAGGGUCUCUGCAAGCUCAAGUCACCCGGCGAGAUCGCCACGGGAGUCGAGAUCGCCAGCGCCCUGCACCAGCGGUUCGGCCCCGGCGAAUUCACCCGCCAGAUCGGAUGGCUGCUGGGCCGCGGGCUGAGCACCCCGGACAAAGGACAGCUCAAGGCUCUGAGCCAGGAGGUGCGCGAGCGCGAGGAGAAAGAGCGGCUGUCGCGCCACCGGGUGCUGCUGCGCGUCGUCACGGAGCUCUGGCUGGUGGGCGUGCUGCGCACCUUGGAUGAUAUCGAUCGACCGGAGGACCUGGGUGCUGCGGCGACUAAGGGCAAGGACGGGGGUGUUGUGGGCAAGACGACCGACGGGCCUGUGAAGAGCAGUAAAGCGCCGCCCUCGGCUGCCAGGGACGGCGGUGAGAAGGAGUCGGAGCCGUUCCCCCUGGAGGUACUGAAGGACCUGCUGGGUCAUGAUCGCGAUCACCUGAAUCUGCCCUUGGCCGUGCUGUUCGUGAAGAGCUUUAGCUGGGAUGUGCUGGGAACCAAAUUGGUGGAGGAAGGCAGGAAGACCGUGGAAGCGGACGGCGCGACGACGACGACCACCACCACCACGACGAAUGGAGCCUCUGGAGACGGGCCGAAUGGCGCUGGUGCUGAGGGCGAGACGGAAGAAAACGAGCCCCCGUUGAUUUCUGAGAAACUCCAGCUGCGGUUCCGCCAUAUCCUCAAUCGGUACCUGGAAGACGUCAAGGCGCAUGUUGUCCGUGACCAGAGGGCAUUGGCGGCCCAGAGCAGGCGCAAUGCCGAGGCGUACGUGAAGAGUGGUGAGAUCUUCGAGGAUCGUCAGGCCAACUUUGAAAAACAGACCAAGUCGCUGGAGAAGCUCGUUGCUAACACACAAGUCCUCUGCGAGGCCCUCGGGGCGGAAAUGCCGGCCUUGGCUGAGAAGGAGACCAGCGAUGCGGCAUCGGCGGGAGGAAUCGGGCUGGUCAAAACGACGGAAUACCUGCGCGGCCAGGGCGAGGGUGCUGGCAUCUGGGAAGAUGAAGAGGAACGGCGCUUCUACGAGAACCUGGUUGAUCUUAAGGGUAAGGUGCCGGCCGUGCUCCUCGAGGAUGCCAAGAAGAAGAAACCCGAGUCCGACGAGGCGGCCAAGAAGAAAGCAGAUGGCGAAGAUUCCGGCGCAGAGAAAACCGAGUCUUCGGCCCAGCCUCAAGCUUCCGAGGAAAAGGGUGCGGAUGCCGACGAUCAGUCCACUGCCAUUGCGAGCAGGACGGUGGGAGCCCAGGUGGAUGCGCUUCUAGCCAAGCUGCCCGACCUACAGACCAAGGACCAUGUGGAUCAGAUGGCCUUGGAUUUCUGCUUCCUCAAUUCGAAAGCAUCGCGCAACAGGCUCAUCAAGGCGGUCUCCGAUGUUCCCAAGGGACGUCUCGAUCUUCUGCCGUUGUACGCCCGCCUGGUUGCCACGCUGGGGCAGUACAUGCCCGACAUCCCUCAGGGCUUGACUACGUAUCUGGAUGAGGAAUUUAGGAGCCUUCAACGUCGAAAGUCGAAGGAAUUCUUGGGGCAGGUCCGAAUGAGCAACGUUCGGUAUUUGGCGGAGCUCACUAAGUUCGGUGUGGUCCCCGAGCAUAUCAUUUUCCAUUGCUUCAAGGUGUCCUUGGACGACUUCUCGCGCAUGAACAUUGAGAUCAUAGGUAAUCUUCUGGAGAAUUGCGGUCGCUACCUGCUACGCAACCCAGAGACGGCUCCGCGAAUGGCUUCUUUCUUGGAGACCCUGGGCCGGAAGAAGACUGUGCAGCAUCUGGGUCAACAGGAGCGGAUGGUCAUUGAAAAUGCUGUUUAUUACGUUGAUCCGCCGCCGCGGCCUGCGAUCCAGCAAAAAGAGCGCACCCCCAUGGAGAUCUACAUCCGGCGGCUGGUGUACAUGGACAUGCACAAGCGCAACUACACCAAGAUCCUCAAAUCGCUUCGCAAGCUACACUGGGAAGAGGGCGAAGUGGUAGGUAUCCUUGAGAAGGUCUUCAGCAAACCAGUUAAGCUCAAAUAUGGAAACAUCCACUUGCUGGCAAUCCUCGUCAGUGCUCUUUACCGAUAUCACCAGGAGUUUGUGAUCGGGAUCGUGGACAAUGUUCUCGAGCACAUCACGUUGGGACUCGAAUUGAAUGACUUCAAGUUCAACCAGAAGCGGGUGGCUGAGGUCAAGUAUCUUGGAGAACUCUACAAUUACAAGAUGAUCGACUCGCCUGUCAUCUUUGACACAUUGUAUCGCAUUGUCACCUUCGGCCAUGAAGGUGGAACGCCCAUGGCUGGGCGGAUCAACCAACUGGACCAGCCCGACGACUUCUUUCGCAUUCGCCUGGUGUGCACGUUGCUGGAUACGUGCGGGCAUUGCUUUGAUCGCGGGUCGGCGAAGAAGAAGCUUGAUUUCUUCCUCAGCUUCUUCCAGUAUUACAUUUACACCAAGGAUCCGUUGCCGAUGGAUAUUGAGUUCCUCGUCCAAGACACCUACUCGAUGACUCGUCCUCAGUGGAAGCUGGCGGCUGAUCUUACCGAAGCAACGCAGUUGUUCGGGGAGGCGGUUGCGCAGAACUACAAGAUGCAGGAUGCUGAGCGGCCUGCCGAGCCGGAGGACGAGGAUGCGGAGAGCAGCUCGUCGGACGAUGAUCUGGAAGAGGACGCCAUUCCCGAGGCAGAAGACGACCAAGAGUCCAGCGAUGAGGCCGAGGCAUCCGGUCCCAACGCCGAGAACACCGGUGACAGCGAGUCCGAGGACGAGCAGAUCUUCGUCACUCGGCAGGAGGAAGAACGGGAUCCAGAGGCGGAGGCUGACUUUGAUCGCGAGUUCGAGAAGAUGAUGGCGGAGAGCAUGGAGUCGAGGAAGUUCGAGCGCAAGGGGGUGUUCGACAUUCCUCUGCCCAUGAAGCGGUCCGGUCGCGAGGCUGUCGCGGCGGAGCCCGUCGCGGAGCCUCCCAAGCCGACCACUAACACAAUGGCCUUCUCACUGAUGACGAAGAAGGGGAACAAGCAGCAGACUCGCACAAUUGACCUGCCGUCUGAUUCCAGCUUUGCGGUCGCGAUGAGAAGUCAGCAGCAGGCUGACCGGGAGGAGCAGCAGCGCAUCAAGAAUUUGGUGUUGAACUAUGAGAUGACCAAUGAAGUUGAUGCUGAUGCGGAAGCCGCCGAGAAACGCUCUCCCCAUCGUGACACCCGCCUCGACAAGUCCGCCAGCAACCGCAUGGCGUUCCGCUCCCGGAAGCUCCAACUAAGUGACGUGAACUGGUAA